CGUGUCGUGUAUUGUCAUUUGUCAAUUCGCAAAGUUCGUAGCACGUAGAAACAUCUGUUCAAUAACGCUGUUUUCAUAUAAUUAUAUAAAAUGUUGGAUCUGUUCAGCAUCUUCAGUAAAGGAGGAAUAGUGCUAUGGUGUUUUCAGGGCACGAGUGAAAUAUUUUCACCGUCCGUGAAUGCUCUGAUACGCAGCGUUAUACUGCAAGAGCGCUCAGGCAACACAACAUUCAACCACAACUCCCUAACCCUCCAAUACAAGCUGGACAAUGAGUUCGAGUUGGUAUUCGUGGUGGCGUACCAGCGCAUCCUGCAGCUCGCGUACGUGGACAAGUUCCUCAACGACGUCCACCUGGAGUUCCGGGACAAGUACAAGAACGAGCUGCGGGCCGGUCAGCACGCGGGGGAGUUUGAUUUUAAGGCCUGCUUCGAUGCGGUGCUGAAGGGGUGCGAGCAGUGGGCCAAGUCCCAAGCUAAGAUCCCUAAGCAAAUGCGGACGUUUGAGGAUUCUCAGAAGUCCAAGAAGACUGUUGCCUCUAUGAUCGAGAGGAAAGGGGAAGAGAAAGGAAAGAAGUCAGUUAAGAUAGUGGAUGCCAAGUUGCCGAACGGCAAGCCGGAGGAACCGGAGGAGGAUGACAGCGACGUGUUGGCCGCCCGCGCUAAACUCGCGCAGAAGCUCAACAAAACCAAAAAGGACGUCAAGAAAUCUCCGAAAAGUCCCAAAGUGGAGAAGGACCGUACCAAGAAACCCCGUGUUUGGGAGCUAGGAGGUGGAGCCAGGGACCUUCCGGAGCUGGACUUCAGCACAGACAAGCCUGAAGACUCCAACAUUAUCGCCGACACUCAUUUGGUGGGCAGAAUGACUGGCGCCAUUCGUGACUUGGAGGUGGACUCCGAUGAAAGCAGUAGCGAGGAGGAGGAACUAUCGGCACCCAGCCCGAAAAAGAGCGGCGGCAUGUUCAGCAUCUUCAAAGGUCUGGUGGGUUCCAAGGCCCUAUCAGCGGAGGCGAUGCAACCAGUUUUGGAAAAGAUGCGCGACCAUCUUAUAGGCAAGAACGUGGCGGCCGACAUCGCCAACAAGCUGUGCGAGUCCGUGGCCAAUAAACUCGAGGGGAAGGUCCUAGGCACCUUCGACAGCGUAGCUAAGACCAUAAAAGCUACCCUAACAGAGUCAUUGGUCCAGAUCCUGUCGCCUAGACGCCGCGUGGACAUCCUGAGAGACGCCAUGCACGCCAAGCAGGAGGGGCGCCCUUACGUCAUGGCGUUCUGUGGGGUGAACGGUGUCGGCAAAUCCACCAAUCUCGCCAAGAUCUGCUUCUGGCUGAUCGAGAACGACAUGUCGGUGCUGAUCGCGGCGUGCGACACGUUCCGCGCCGGCGCCGUCGAGCAGCUGCGCACGCACACCAGACACCUCAACGCGUUGCAUCCCAAGCAAAACCACUCUAGGACCAUGGUGCAGUUGUAUGAGAAGGGCUAUGGGAAGGACGCGGCCGGUAUAGCCAUGGAGGCGAUCCGCUACGCGGCGGACACGAAGAUCGACGUCGUGCUCAUCGACACGGCGGGCCGCAUGCAAGACAACGAGCCCCUCAUGCGGGCCCUCGCCAAGCUCAUCAAGGUGAAUGAACCAGACAUGGUCCUAUUCGUCGGCGAAGCGUUAGUCGGCAACGAAGCCGUCGACCAACUGGUGAAGUUCAACCAGGCCCUCGCCGACCACAGCUCCACAUCCAACCCUCACACCGUCGACGGAAUAGUUCUCACCAAGUUUGACACCAUCGAUGAUAAGGUCGGCGCCGCCAUAUCUAUGACGUACAUCACGGGCCAGCCCAUAGUGUUCGUGGGCACCGGGCAGACCUACACGGACCUUAAGGCCCUAAACGCCAACGCGGUCGUGCACGCCCUCAUGAAAUAACCAGGUUCGUUGCCAACGGCUGCCAACACACCA